CUUUUAGUCGUGUAGAGAAGAAAUAAUUCACUUCUGUUUAUGUUUUCUUCCUGGACUGGUUGAAACUUAAUAGAUAAAGCAUAUUUUGUUUGUUAUAUUGUAACAGAUUUAAUUUAGUCAUAUUCUGCUUCGAUGUGUGACUGUGUAAAUCGUAAACUAUUCAGCUGACUAGGAAAUCAAUUAUUAACUUACAGUUGUUAGAACAGGAAAAUAAGUUUCAUUAUAGUUUUUAGACGUUUUUCUUUAGGCAUCAUCAUGCACAGAAGAGGAGUCGGAGCUGGAGCGAUCGCAAAAAAGAAACUUGCAGAGGCAAAGUAUAAAGAGAGAGGUACUGUCCUUGCUGAGGAUCAGAUUGCGCAGAUGUCAAAACAACUGGAGACCUUUAGGACCCAUCUGGAAGAGUUUGCCAGCAAGCACAAACAAGAAAUCCGCAAGAACUCUCAGUUCAGGGUUCAGUUCCAAGAGAUGUGUGCCACUAUCGGAGUUGAUCCACUUGCGUCUGGAAAAGGAUUUUGGUCUGAGAUGCUUGGUGUUGGAGAUUUCUACUAUGAGCUUGGUGUACAGAUCAUUGAAGUCUGUUUAGCUCUAAAACACAGAAAUGGCGGUCUCAUCACAUUGGAUGAACUUCACCACCGUGUGUUGAAAGGAAGAGGGAAAUAUGCUCAAGAUGUGAGCCAGGAUGACUUGGUGCGGGCCAUCAAGAAGCUCAAGGCUAUGGGAAAUGGCUUCGGGAUGAUUCCCAUUGGAGGCUCUUAUCUAGUCCAGUCGGUCCCAGCUGAGCUCAACAUGGAUCACACUGUUGUCCUUCAGCUAGCAGAGAAAAAGGGCUACGUGACAGUGAGCGAGAUCAGAGACAGCCUCAAGUGGGAGAGAGAGCGUGCCUGUCAUGUCCUUGAUCACCUGCUGAAAGAAGGCUUAGCAUGGCUGGACUCCCAAGCUGUUGGGGAGCCACAGUACUGGCUGCCUGCUCUGUUCUCGGAGCUGUUAUCUCGAGACAUUACGCCUGAGGAGGCCAACCAAAUGACACCUUGAGAAUAAGACAUUAUUUUGUAAAUACACUCUCA